AUGACUAAUAAGAGCUUCCCAGUGGGUUUCAUCCUACUUGGCUUCUCGGAAUGGCCCCUGCUAGAAACCAUUCUCUUCUGGGCUGUGAUCCUCUUGUACACCAUGAUCGUCCUCUCCAACUCAGCCAUCAUCCUGCUCUCCUGUGUGGACCCUCGGCUUCAUAGUCCCAUGUACUUCUUUCUUAGUAACCUGUCCUUCCUGGAUCUCUGCUUCGCCACAAGUGCUGCGCCCCAGAUGUUGUUCAACCUGUGGGGGCCAGACAAGACCAUCACCUACACAGGCUGUGCCAUCCAGCUCUACGUGUUCCUCUGUGUGGGCGUCACAGAAGGCGUCAUGCUUGUGGUGAUGGCCUUUGACCGCUGCGUUGCUAUCUGCCGGCCCCUGCACUACACCAUCAUCAUGAACCGUCUGCUGUGCUGGAAGCUGGUGCUCACGGCCUGGCUGUGUGGCCUGCUGGAGUCUGUGACCCAAUCUUCCCUCACAUUCCAGCUGCCCUUCUGCUCCCACCACCGCCUGGAUGACUUUCUGUGUGAGGUGCCUGCCCUCAUAAGGCUGGCCUGUGGGAACACCUCUGCAAAUGAAUUGCCGAUGUCCAUCACUUCUGUUCUCUUGACCAUUUUGCCAAUGGUGUUGAUCAUGAUUUCUUAUGGCUUCAUAGCUCAAGCUUGAAAAGUCCAGUCUGAGGAGGGAAGGCAGAAGGCCAUUGCCACCUGCUCCUCCCACCUCACUGUGGUCCUCAUGUUCUUUGGGACAGUGGCCAUGGUGUACACAGACCCUAAGAACCAACUUGCUUCAAAGCACGGCAGGUUCUUCACCUUCUUCUAUGCUUUGGUCACACCACUGCUGAACCCCCUCAUCUAUACCUUAAGGAACAAAGAAGUGAAGGGUGCCCUGCUAAGGCUGCUCUUUUAA